GUAAAAUAGUAGUUUAUCUAUCGAGUGCGUCGUGUUUAAGACGCAAGUGUGAAGAUUGGUACCAACACACGAUCGUCUUAGACUCGAUUGUACUAAAUAAAUACAUUAGUUUUUGUGACAGGGCACUUUUAAGAAUAAAUACCAUUAAUGACGUACGUUAACAGAGUCACUGUCACCAAAAAAAUCAUUAGUGUCUAGUAAGUCGGCUGUGAAACCUGCGAGUCGUUUGUGUUAAAAAUUUAUUGACAAAAAAAAUAAUUAUUCAAAAUGUCAAUGUAUCAUUAUAUUAAUUUCAUACUUUUGAUAUUUUUUAUUGGACGAACUAACGUGUCUUCAAUUGAAGUGAAAGAUAUAUACGAUAUAAAUUCAAUGUAUAAAUAUAUAGACGGAAUUCAUAACAAUGUUCUAUCUAAUGAUCUAUUUGAAAAUUCGAUAUUGAGUCACGACCAAAAAUACGAUAUUUUUAAAAAACUUUUCGGCAAUAUGUCAAAUGCACUUGAAGAUUUAAAUACCAUAACGAAUGAUUCUGACGAUUAUUAUUGGCCGAUAGAUUUUCCGUCAUUUUUGAAAAAAUUCGACAAGGAUAAAUUGAAACGUAACUCAGUUCUGACGGCUUUUUUGAGUUCGGCUUCCGAUAAAAUUGAGGAACGAAUCAAAACAAUUGAUGUUCAUGUCGCAUCAUUACUUGAAAUUGCAGGAAAAAAAUUUUAUGAUAACGUUCAUGACUACAGUUUUUUUGUGACUCAACUACUGUUAUUUAUUAAUAGCAAUAAACGAUCGCCUUACGAUAAUAUUGAGGAGGAAUAUAUGCGUUUAACACAUAAGAUUCUUGUCCAUAUAGAAGCUUAUGGCAGCUUCUGUCAAACAACGAGUUCACUACAUCACGGAAUAUAUGAUUAUUAUCGUCGUGUAAUUGCAACAUUUUUGAAGCGGUUUACAAUGGUUUAUCAUCUUGAAACUAUGGACGCGAUCGCGAAUGAUGUAAAUCCAACGGAAUUGACGGCAGAAUAUGUUGAGGAAGCAAAAAAUACACUAAAACGGACCAUGAGUAAAACUUUACCGGUACUAAAAUAUAUGAAACAUUAUUUGUACAGAUGUGAUCCAAAAGAAUUUUUGGAUAAAGAUGGUAAUAAAAAUUAUUACGAGUUAGAAAAAAUGGUGCAAACAGUAAUUGUCACAGAAGAAGAAUUGAGUACAACAGGGUCUAGUAGUCAUAACUGUAAUUUGAAAGAAAUCAAAGGGACGAUUAAUUCGACAGAGUGUAGGGAAUAUCGAGAUUGUCAGUACAUCGAGGGUAGUUAUGAAAUUUCUAAGGCUGAUGAAGGUAACUCGAGACGUUACGAAUGGUUUGUGGAUGAAAAGGCAGUUUUGCAUGGAGGCAAUUGUACAAAAGAGUGUGAUAGGAAUUCAACAUCUGCGUACAGCAAAUUGUCGUUCUCUAUAAUCCGUUGGUGUGACUACCGCAUUUGUACUUGUGUAAACCAUCUAGAAGAUAAAAAGAACGUCGUUACAGCAUUCAGUUUCAGAGAGCAAGUCACCAAAAUAAGUGACAACCUGGUUGUUGUGGGUGUGAGAUUCAUAAAGAAAGAUCACAUGAUCCAGGUACAGAUAAAAGAGGGAAAACUCAAACCACGCAGAUUUAAAGAUCAUGGAGUCUGGAAAGAAUCGGAAAAAAUUGUUUACGAUGAAGAAAAUAAAAUGUUUAUGGUUACAAAUAACGACGGGAUUAUGAGCCAAAUGCAAUUAGGAAAUGAUUAUGCACUUCCGGAAACAAUCAAUUUCGAUGAUUUGAUUGCGCCCGAGGGUUUUGUUGUAACGGGGGUCAGAUUUAGAUUUGCCGGAGAUUCACUUGAUUUUCCAAAGCUAACGACUGGCGCGAUCGAAUUGCAAGUUCGUGUAACGCCAUUUGAUUACGUCAGUGGCACACUGAUCAACCAUAACCAAACACACUGGAUCGCUCCAAAAUACAAUGAUACGAGAGAGGAAUUGAUUUUAACUGAUCCAGAUGUACCAACUAAGUCACCUACAAAUACGAUUACCUCGAAAACUAAUCAGUUUAUUAGAUUCCGCGCUUCGGAUCUAAAAAAAGAUGCUGGUCAAUCAACAGUCCCAUUUUUCGAUGCCCAAGACGUAGAUAGGUUUUCCGACUUUCCUUUGGGAGGAGUUGGAAUAAUUCAUCGUGGCCGGGAAGGUUACGGUGGAUUUUUAGCCUUCAGAAUUUAUGAUUUAAAUCUUUCCAAUCUUUUGAUUGAUAAUCAUAAUUCAUAAUUAAAUCAAUAGUUAAAAAAUAUUAUUCUUUUCCCAUUCAUUUAGUUAAUUUAUUAUUUACGAUCAAUCACUUGUCUUCAGCCUUUAAAAAUUUUAUUUAUUUCAAUAUUUGUAUUAAUUUAAAAAACAUAACUAUUAAUAAAAUUAU